CCCCUGUUGGCCAUGACACAAGGGAAAUUUCAAGACCAACUAACUCAAUAGAAGAAAAAGGAAAGGGGGGAAAACGCGCGAGCCAAGCACUCAACCAGAAAGCGGAAAGAACAAGGGAAGCUGAGCGCAUCAAACCCUAGAAAAUGGCGGAGAAAUUGGCCCCUGAAAAGCGUCACAACUUCGUCCACAACGGUAGCAAGGUGUUUGAGUGGGAUCAAACCCUAGAUGAGGUGAAUAUGUACAUAAACUUACCUCCUAAUGUUAGUACUAAACAAUUCUAUUGCAAGAUUCAGUCGAAGCACAUCGAAGUUGGCAUCAAAGGCAAUUCUCCAUAUCUCAAUGGGCUUUUUGUUUCAUUUGGCAUGCUGUCUCAGCACGAGCUUACUUGCCCGGUGAAGACGGAUUCUUCUUUCUGGACACUAGAGGAUGACAUAAUGCACAUAACACUGCAAAAGAGAGAUAAAGGUCAGACAUGGGCUUCUCCAAUAUUAGGUCAGGGUCAGCUGGAUCCUUACUCUACUGAUCUUGAACAGAAGCGCCUCAUGCUUCAGAGAUUUCAAGAAGAGUCAAUGUCGCAACUUCUCACAAAAGAAGAUUCAUCACACAAAUUUGAGAAGCGAGGACGACGCUGGGAGAAUGGCGUUGACGAAGGUUGUCGAUAGAGGAGAAGGAAGGUAGAGGUUGGAGAUCGUCGAAACAGGAGAAGGAAGCUGGAGGGUCGGAGGUCGUCGAAGCAGGAGAAGGAAGAUGGAGGGUUGGAGUCAUGACGGAGGGGGAGGAAGAUGGAGGUCGAGGGUCGUCGAAGCAAGAAAAGGAAGAGAUCGUCGAAGCAAGAGAAGGAGGAGAUCAUCAAGCAGGAGAAGGAAGAUGGAGGGCUGGAGUUGUCGACGGAGGAGAAGUCUGGCAGCCAUCAAUGGAAGAGAAGGAAGGUGGAGGUUGAGAUUCGUGGACUGAGGAGAAAAUCUGCGUCUUUUUACAGGGGCAUUUCAGUCAAAAAAAUUUCAAUCCCAGGUUAGAUUUUCCUGGUGGGUUUGAGUAUUCCCACCUAAGUGGUAUUGAGCAGUCCCAAGGAUUGUCGAAUGCUUCAUACCAAACAUGUAAAGAGUGGUAUUACCCAAACCCAAUCCCAAUCCAUGCCCUCUGAUGCCACAUACCAAACAGGGCCCAAGUGUCCUGCCUAUUUCUACUUCAUAUGGAUGUGAGAUAAUUGCUUGACAUUCUGAUUCCAGAUUGACAUGGUUGAAUUCUGAUCAGUUGUUAAUUCUGAUCAGUUGGUUCUGGACCAUUCAAGUUCUGUUUCCUCCAUCUGAACUCGACUUUGAUUGCUUUUGAAUUGUGUUUUUGGAGCAAGUAAGGUGGAAAUAUGUCCUUAGGGAUAUGACAUGAUAUUCAUCUCAAAACUGUUCCAGAAUUUCCUUUCAUGGCCAUUCUAUUGGAUGGUAGAUUGCUGGAAUUUCUUAGCGAAACUUAAUUGCUUUCAUGCACUUUAACAAGGAAAAGAAGAGUGUUUUUACACA